AUGCCAGCAUACCAUUCAACGUUCUUAACGGAGCAGACAGAAGAUAGUAGACUAGUCGGUAAUAUUGCUCUCUUACCCAUUCAUACUAAAUUCAGAGGUCCAUCGUACCCACCACAGCAAGACUAUGACAUUAUCGAAGAAACUUUAGAUUUAUUCAGAGCCAACUCAUUUUUCAAGAAUUUUGAAAUCAAGGGACCGGCCGAUAGACUUUUGAUAUAUGGCAUAUUAUUCGUGAGUGAUUGUUUGUCUAAAUUGAACAAGUCAGUCAAUUUUAAGGAAGCCACAAGAAUAUUGAAUAAUUUGUCAUUAGACAGCUUCUCGUUACCAGGAGAUAUGGGGUUCCCAUUGAACUCAAUGUACCAACCACCAGCCAAUAAGAAUGAAGCUGAUUUGUUAAGAUCAUACUUACAGCAAUUUAGACAAGAAUUGGCUGAGAGGUUGUUGAAGAGAAUCUACGGUGAUGAUCCAAACACGCCAAGUAAAUUUUGGCUUGCAUUCACUAGAAGAAGAUUCAUGAACAAGAGCUUGUAG